GGGCCCGUUAAAUGCCGCGGGGCUGGCGGGAGGGGUGAAGCGUUUCCCUGGCCAUGGCUGAGGUUGCCUCGCAGGAGCUCCUGCUGGCUGCAGCGUUUGUCUCUGAUGCUCAGUACAACAGAAAUAUUCCUUUUAAGACUUCCCCUGAGGCUGUCAGGCUUUAUUAUCUCUAUAACCGCUGGUUUAUGCGAACAGCCACCUACUUCUUCAUCUUUCUCAACCUCUCCCUUGCAGUGUUUGAAGAACCUGCUGUGUAUCCACUCCCUUUCCUGGCCACUUCUUUAGUGGAGGUGUUGUGCCUUCUGGUGUUCUUUGGCCGACUGAUGCAUUUUGCAAAAAUCACCCAUCGUAAUGUAUUUUGGAAGGAUACUAAGAACAUCUGCAUCAUGGUUGCAAUCCUGCUAUCUCUGACUGAUUUGGCCAUAUAUGGGGCCCUCAGGAUAUACAACAUAAAGAGUGUUCGAUGGUCGAGAAUAGUGAGGCCCAUCUUCCUGAUCAACUUUGCAGAGAGUCGCCAGAUUCGAAGAGCCUUCCGCAGCAUCCGCAACACACUGCCAGAGAUCACCUAUGUCUUCUUGCUUUUCAUGUUUAGCCUUCUCAUGUUCUCCCUCAUGGCCCUGAAGCUGUUUGGUGAGAGGAACCUCCAGACAGCAGAAGGCUUACCAUAUUUUAGAGACUACCUAGAAAUUGUGUUCGACCUCUAUGUGUUGGUGACGACAGCAAACAGCCCGGAUGUCAUGAUGUCUCAGUUGGCUAUCCAAAACAUUCUGCAGUUCAUCUGGAAGAUGGCUUUGUUUUGUUUAUUUCCCCGUCUGUCUGCUCAGCAAGUAAUCUCUCUUUCCUCUAGGAUGCCAGCGUUUGACUUCAGCUCCUGGUAUGCCCUGUUCUUCAUUGCCUUUGUCAUCGUCAACACUUACAUCUUCAUGUCACUCUUCCUGGCUGUUGUGUACAACAACUACAAAAAACACCUGAAGAAUGAGAUCCGUACUCUUGCUUACAUGAAGCGCCGCAAGAUGAUAGAGGCCUUCAACCUCCUGAAGGAAGAGGAGGGAACGCAGUUUGUGGUUAGAGAAGCCAUGUGGAAGCAGCUUGUCAAACUGGUGGCUCCUGAUAUCAGCAACUCCCACAGAGAGUUGCUGCUACGCAUCUCAGAUGAUGAGCAGAAGGGUUUCAUAGACAAGAAGUCCUUUUUACAGCUGGCAGAUCUGCUGAACAUCCAGGUGAUUACCCUGAAAAUACGCAGCCAUCCAUUGGGGCAGUGGAUGCCUCGUGUAUACAGAUCAGCAGUGAGUCAGUUCCUGCGCAGCGUGGUUAGGCACAGGGGAUUUGUUUGGACUUAUGAUGUGAUCAUUCUAAUAAAUGCAGUCUUCAUUGCUCUGGAUGAGGAAAGCCCUUAUAUUUCUUAUGCAGAGUGGGUCUUCCUUGCUUUAUAUAUAAUUGAGAUACUCCUGAAAGUAUACACGUACGAACCAAGGGCAUUCUUUGGCAAAAAUCAGUUCUGGAACUGGUUUGAUACCCUCAUCAUCUUUGCUGCCCUGACUGCAACGAUACUCAAUACCACCCUGAAAUCGACCACGAAGUAUAACAGUCAACGAAUCCUGGACAUUGUCUUCAUAUUAAGGGUCCUCAGGCUAAUAAGGAUUGUUGACAGCAUUCAAAGGUUCCGAGUCAUCAUGAACACGCUGAUAAACAUCGUGCCGACCAUGCUGACAUUUGGAGGGCUGACUCUGGUUGUGUACUGCAUAUUUGCUAUCAUUGGUAUGGAGUUAUUCCAUGGGAAAAUCCAGUUCUUCCCUCCGAACUCAAAUGCUCCUUAUGCCUUGGAAUGUGGAAACCCAGCUCUCAAGGAUUCUUUGUUUGCCCGUGGAAAAUACUGCAAGAACAACUUCAACAACUUUGCAUCUUCCUUCAUUGUUCUGAUGGAGCUUACUGUAGUCAAUCAGUGGCAUGUCUUUGCCAAUGGAUUUGCCAACGUGACUGCUCAGCCUGCGAAGCUUUAUUUCAUUGCCUUCCACAUUGUGAUGGUUAUAAUUAUUGUCAACAUCUUUGUGUCAUUCAUCUUGGAAGCUUUCUUUGUGGAGUACUCUCUAGAGAAGAGUGAAGUGGAGACAGCCAUUGAGCAGAAAAUCCAGGAGCUGGGAAUGGGAGUUCAAGAGGAGGCUCUCCAGGAUGAACAACUCCUUGAUAACAUGGAGAGUCCUGACAAUGACCUUGAGGGAGAAGGUGGAACAAAGGCACAGCCUAAAGGGCUGGUGUUUAAAAUUGCCUCCAAACGGUACAGGACAGUUGAUGCUCUGCUUCAGCGUAUGUUUGAGGCAGAGAUACCUCUUGAAGACGAAGGCCCUUCUUUUGAAGAGAUCUUAAACUUGUCCCCUGCCACUGCUGUACCUGGUGAUCUUACUUCUGAAAGAGCUGUGUAACUGGGGGCAGAAACAGUGGUCGACAAGGAGGAGCUGAUCCUCAGCUGCACGGGUUUCCAGCAUGUUUUCUGGCUGCCUGCCUUCAGUCACUGUGGUCAGGUACAUCAUGGACGAGAUUAAGCAGUUGAAGGGGCAGCUGAUGCAGGAAAUGGUGUUAUCAUGUAAAGGAGCUUUAUCUCAUGUAAAGUCUCACAUAAAUGUGGAAACUGGAAAUGCUCUCACGGGAGAGCAGGUGGAGGGUUUGCGUAUACGGCUGUGCAAGCCAAGUGCAGUAUUCAAUAUGUUAUGAAAUACCUAUUCCUUGUAACUGGAAUCUUGUAUUACAGCACUUUUGUAUGCAUAUAUGGAGCAAAGUAAGCUGCAUUAAACAGUUCUUGUUAGUACACUAAA